AUGUCGAGCCAAGGCGACGCAGAGCGCGCUGAUGGCCGCCGCGGUUCUCGUAUCUCAAGGGCCUCCCUUAAGGAGGAUUGGGCCACUUUGGAUGAGUAUGGAAAACUCGUUAAAUACGUGUCGACAUACCGAGACCCCGGUGCAACUGCGGAUGACACCGCCAGCGUGGAAGAGCAACGAGUCUGGUACGCUCCGUGGAAGAAGCGCAAGGUGCAUGUUCGACAGGUUGACGAUAGGGGGCCGAGAUUUCCCGAUGAAUGGCUCAUCACCGAUAUUCGAGAAGGGCUCUCCAGCGAGGAAGUCAAUACUCGCCGACGUCGCUCAGGCUGGAACGAACUGGUCUCCGAGAAAGAGAACCCCAUCGCCAAGAUUCUGUCGUAUUUCCAGGGCCCCAUUCUCUACGUGAUGGAGCUGGCGGUACUGCUUGCUGCUGGUCUGGAAGACUGGGUUGACUUCGGCGUUAUCAUUGGCAUUCUGUGCCUGAACGCCGCCGUCGGUUGGUACCAGGAGAAACAGGCGGCUGACGUGGUGGCCAGCCUUAAGGGUGAUAUCGCCAUGCGAGCCAUUGUCGUGCGUGAUAAUUCUCAACAAGAGUGUCUGGCUCGUGAGCUGGUUCCAGGUGAUGUGAUCAUCGUGGGAGAAGGCCAAGUUGUUCCCGCUGAUGCAAACAUCAUCUGCGACUUCAAGGACCCCAAUGGAUGGGAGGAGUUCAACCAGCUUCAAGAACAAGGCAUGCUUGGCGGAGGAUCCGAAUCGGAUGAUGAAGAGGACGAGAGUAAGAAGAACGCAGAGGAGAAUGCUCAUGCCGGGUCUGCAGGUGAUGCCCAGGAUGAAAAAGGCGAGGAGAACUUGCAGCAGAAGACCCGGAAGCGUGGCUAUCCUAUUCUCGCCUGCGAUCAUUCCGCCAUCACUGGAGAGUCUCUCGCUGUGGACCGGUAUAUGGGCGACGUGAUUUACUACACGACUGGCUGCAAGCGCGGCAAGGCCUACGCUGUUGUUCAAACCCCCGCGAAGACUUCCUUUGUUGGCCGAACUGCUAGUAUGGUGCAAUCCGCCAAGGGCGCUGGACACUUCGAAGUUGUCAUGGAUAACAUCGGAACGUCACUGCUAAUACUCGUUAUGGCCUGGAUUCUUGCUGCUUGGAUUGGCGGCUUCUUCCGCCAUAUCCCCAUUGCUUCACCUGGACAACAGACACUGUUACAUUACACCUUGUCUCUCCUGAUUAUCGGUGUCCCAGUGGGUCUUCCUGUAGUGACCACUACGACCAUGGCGGUAGGUGCAGCAUAUCUUGCGAAAAAGAAGGCGAUUGUGCAGAAACUAACGGCUAUCGAAUCUCUUGCUGGUGUGGAUAUCCUCUGUUCUGACAAGACCGGAACUCUCACUGCCAACAAGCUGAGUAUCCGAGAUCCAUAUGUGGCCGAAGGCGUUGACGUGGACUGGCUAUUUGCCGUGGCUGCCCUCGCAUCUUCGCACAACACUGAGUCGCUUGAUCCGAUUGACAAGGUAACAGUUCUGUCACUGCGGCAAUAUCCGCGAGCUCGUGAGAUCCUACGUCGUGGUUGGACAACUGAAAAUUUUACACCGUUUGACCCAGUAUCGAAGCGAAUUGUCACUGUGGCCACGUGUGAGGGAACUCGUUACACUUGCACAAAGGGUGCUCCUAAGGCAGUACUCCAACUGACGAACUGCUCGAAUGAAGUUGCGAAUGUGUACAAGGCAAAAGCACAAGAAUUUGCGCACCGUGGCUUCCGAUCUCUUGGUGUUGCCGUUCAGAAGGAAGGCGAGGACUGGACCUUGCUUGGGAUGUUGCCUAUGUUCGACCCACCCCGUGAAGAUACCGCUCAGACCAUUAGCGAAGCUCAGAACCUUGGCAUUAGUGUCAAAAUGCUGACUGGUGAUGCUAUUGCUAUUGCGAAAGAGACGUGCAAGAUGUUGGCACUGGGCACAAAAGUCUACAACUCAGACAAGCUUAUUCAUGGCGGCCUUAGCGGCGCAAUGGCCGGGGAUCUCGUCGAAAAGGCAGAUGGCUUUGCAGAGGUGUUCCCUGAGCACAAGUACCAAGUAGUCCAGAUGCUUCAAGAGCGCGGCCAUUUGACUGCUAUGACCGGUGACGGUGUGAAUGACGCUCCUUCGCUCAAGAAAGCUGAUUGCGGUAUCGCUGUGGAAGGUGCAUCUGAAGCCGCUCAGUCUGCGUCUGAUAUUGUGUUCCUCGAACCUGGCCUCUCGACUAUCAUCGACUCGAUCAAAGUCGCACGACAGAUUUUCCACCGCAUGAAGGCAUACAUUCAGUAUCGGAUUGCCCUUUGCUUGCACCUGGAGAUCUAUCUCGUGACGGCGAUGAUUAUCCUCAAUGAAAGCAUUCGUGUCGAGCUGGUCGUUUUUCUGGCUCUCUUCGCUGACCUUGCAACUGUGGCUGUGGCGUACGAUAAUGCAUCGUUUGAACUACGUCCGGUUGAGUGGCAACUCCCAAAGAUCUGGUUUAUCUCCUCGCUGCUAGGAGUGCUUCUUGCACUGGGCACGUGGGUGGUACGCGGCUCCAUGUUUCUUCCCAAUGGCGGCGUCAUUCAAAACUGGGGUUCCAUUCAGGAAGUGGUAUUCUUGGAGGUGGCACUUACGGAGAACUGGCUGAUCUUCGUUACCAGAGGCAUCGACGCCUGGCCAUCUCUACAACUGGUAAGCGCGAUUCUGGGCGUGGACGUUCUUGCCACCAUCUUUUGCUUGUUUGGCUGGUUCUCGAAUCAGGAUAUGAAGACGCACCCUGCAGAUCAGCUCGUGGAGACCACGAACGGCUGGACUGACAUUGUCACUGUUGUCCGGGUCUGGGGCUACUCGCUGGGCGUUGAGAUUGUCAUAGCCCUCGUCUAUUUUAUUCUGAACAAGAUUCAGUGGCUUGAUGAUCUCGGCCGCGCGAAGCGCAGCAAAGGUGAUAUCAAGAUCGAGAAUUUGCUGGGCCACCUAUCCCGCUUGACGGUUGAGUACGAGGAGCCGGGUAAGCCGGUGGGUCGCUUCUUCCUGGCGGCCAGCAAGGAGGAAGAGGAUGUCGAGUAA